UAGCAGCUGCUCUCCAAUUUGUGGAGAUCCAAUCUGUACACACGUGAAGCUAAGAAACUUAAAACAUGUUAAAAUCUAAAAUAUUUUUAAAGAAAACGAAAAAGGGGAGUAUCCUGAAGGUGGUUCGAGAACACUACCUGAGAGAUGACAUCUAUUGCGGUUCGGAGGCAUGUGAUGAAUGCCCACAGAAGGAUGAAGUCUUGGAAUUACGGCCACAGAAUCCAAGCAGCGAGAUUUUCCCAGACCCACACUACAUUAUUCCAGAUACGAAUGUAGUUUUGCACCAGCUUGACAUACUAGAAGAUAAAUGCAUGAAGAAUGCCAUUAUUCUACAAACAGUUUUAGAUGAGGUGCGCCACAGAAGUGCUCCAGCUUACAAAAGAAUAAAAGAAGCUAUAAGCAAUCCAGAUAAACAUUUUCUCUCUUUUGUAAAUGAGUUUCACAAAGAUACCUAUGUGGAAAGACAACCAAGAGAAACAGCCAAUGAUCGCAAUGACAGAGCCAUCAGAACUGCUGCUAAAUGGUUCCAAACACACUUGUUCAAUACUGGUGUGAAAGUCAUCCUUCUUACUAAUGAUGCAGACAACAAAGUCAAAGCUAGCCAAGAUGGAGUGACUGCAUUUACAGUGGCAGAAUAUGUGGGCAGUUUAAAAGACAACCCAGAGCUAUUGGAUCGCUUGGCCCACAGUAAGCCUAGCAACGCAUUUGAUGAAGGUGUACAGCUCCCAGAGCAUGUGUCAAUAGCAGAGGUACAGAAAGGCUUGAAGUCAGGACGUUACCUUCAGGGCAGCUUCCAAGCCUCCAGGGAUAACUGCUUGGAGGCGGUGGUUUUUAUACAAGACAAAGAAGAUGUGACUGUCUUCUUACAAGGGAAUGCCAGUUUGAACAGAGCAGUCCACGAGGAUGUUGUAGCAGUAGAAAUGUUGCCAGAGAAAGAUUGGAGCUACCCAUCUUCACUUGUUAUUGAAGAUGUAGAAGGAGAGACAGAAAUGGACAAAGAAGCCAGGAAGGAGAAAUUAAAACAACCCACUGGUAAAGUUGUGGCCAUCAUCAAGAGAAAAUGGAGACAAUACUGUGGAAUGCUGUUGCCAGUGAUUAUCAAAACGGCCACAAGACACCUUUUUGUCCCAAGUGAAAGGAGAAUACCUAAGAUCAGGAUAGAGACAAGGCAGGCCCACAUAUUACAGGGCCAGCGUGUGAUCGUUGCCAUUGACUCCUGGCCAAAAAACUCCAGAUACCCUCUGGGGCAUUUUGUUCGGAAACUUGGAACUAUUGGAGACAAGGAGACUGAAAAUGAGGUUCUUCUCCUGGAGCAUGACAUCCCCCAUGUUCCAUUUUCAACAGCUGUGUUAAAUUGUUUACCUAAACUACCCUGGCUCAUCACAGAAGAGGAUGUUAAGAAGAGAACAGACCUCCGCCAUCUUCAUAUUUGCAGUGUUGAUCCUCCGGGGUGCACUGAUAUAGAUGACGCUUUGCACUACAAACCACUAGACAAUGGAAAUGUUGAGGUUGGUGUCCACAUAGCUGAUGUAACCCACUUCAUCAGGCCUGGGACAGCUAUUGAUGAGGAAGCUAGGAAACGAGGGACCACAGUAUAUCUUAUAGACAAAAGAAUAGACAUGGUUCCAGAACUGUUAAGUUCCAACUUGUGCUCACUAAGAUCCAAUGUUGACAGAUUUGCUUUCACUGUGAUUUGGGAGAUGACUAAAGAAGCUGAAAUAAUAAGCACUCGCUUCAUGAAGAGCAUCAUAAACUCAAAGGCUUCUCUUACAUAUGCUGAAGCUCAGAUGAAAAUAGAUGACAGCAAACAGCAAGAUGAGCUUGCUCAAAGUCUGCGAGGCCUUAACACACUAGCUAAAAUUCUUAAACAGGGAAGAACUGAUAAGGGUUCUUUAUCACUUGCAUCCCCAGAAGUAAGAUUCCAUAUUGACAGUGAAACUGCUGAUCCUAUAGAUGUUGUAUCAAAAGAGUUGAUGGAGACCAACUCUAUGGUGGAGGAGUUCAUGUUGCUGGCCAAUGUUUCAGUGGCUAAAAAGAUCUAUGAGGAAUUUCCCGACUGUGCUGUGUUGAGGAGGCAUCCUUCUCCUCCCCCCUCCAACUUUAAACCAGUCAUUAAUGUUGCUGAGGCAAGGGGCUUUGAUUUCUGUGUGGACUCUUCCAAAGAUUUGGCCAACUCCCUGGCCAGUGCGCAGCUUACAGAAAACCCGUACUUUAACACCAUGCUACGUAUCCUAGCAACUAGGUGCAUGAUGCAGGCGCUGUACUUCUGUAGUGGGAUGCUUCCGUAUGCAGAGUUCCACCAUUAUGGAUUAGCUGCACCAAUAUACACUCACUUCACUUCACCUAUCAGAAGAUAUCCUGAUGUUCUUGUGCACAGACUGCUGGCUGUGGCUAUUCAGGCAGAUGCUUCUUUCCCUGAGCUACUAGAUAAGAAGAAAACUCAAGCUUUGUGUAACCAUUUGAAUUAUCGACACAAGAUGGCGCAAUAUGCAGGAAGAGCCUCUGUGGCACUUCACACUCUGCUUUUCUUUAAAAACAAAGUCCUCAUAGAAGAUGGAUAUGUGAUGUUUGUGCGGAAGAAUGCUUUGACAGUCCUGAUCCCGAAGUAUGGCUUGGAAGGGAUCGUCAAACUCGCUGAAUAUCAGAACAUCAUGAAAUUUGAUGAUGAAAACACUGUCCAGACUAUAGGAGACGUGAUUAUUCGGGUGUUUGAUGCAGUUAAAGUGGAGGUCAGCGUAGACCAGUCCAAUAUCCAGCACCAGCACAUCAAGUUCAAACUUGUGUCACCACAGUUGCCAGAAAUUGAAGAAGGGCCUCCCCUUAAAAAACAAAAGAAAAGAAAGUGAAAACAACAGCCAAUUCCCAGGGUGUAAAAGACAGUGAAUUUACAGGAGUGUGUCCAUUGCACCAAAUGUGAAGAUUACCACCAUGGUGAUUUAUAACAAAAAAAGAGGAUUUGAACCAGCAAGAUUCUCAAUACUGAACAUCACUAGAUACACCCCAGAACAAUGGCAAUGGUUCGAACUUAAAUAAAAAUAGGAUUUUACAGUGCCAUCUUCUGACAUGAUUAGAGUAGGUCUGAAAAUAUACUUGCCUCACUCCAAAAUUGAUAAAAAAAACAUCAUACAAAUUCGAAAUAUAGGAAAUAACCCUUUAGAAACUUAGGUGAAUAAAAGGGGGUCCUGAUAUUCUAAAAUGCAAUUUACAUUGGGAAAGCAAUCCAUUUGCAAGUCAUUUUCCUUUGUGGGCAUGUAUGACUUUAAUUCUAAUUGACCAACUACAGAAAUUACGUGCAAUGAUGGACAUUUCAGUAGCAGACUUGUAUGUGAAAUUGUGUAUCUGAAAAUAAAUUUAAAGAAAUCAUGUAUAAUAACGAUGAUAAUAAAAAAAAAAAUAUUUGUC